CAAAAUUGAGUUCGAUCGUGGUGAAAAUAGCUUGCUCUGCAAAUUCAUUUUCACCAGCGCUCCUACUUUUAUAUUUGGUACUCUAAAACAUAUCUCCAAGGCUGUAUAGGGAGUUAUUACCUUUGCUUAGAGUGAUUUAAACUUGAAAAUGUGUGGGAGAACGGCUUGGUAUGACACAUCACCGAAAAUAGCAACUCGAAAUCCCAACAUGUAAACUUUAAAAAGCGUUUUUGUUUUAUCAGCAAUUAUUUGUCUUUGUUGUUAUUCAGUACGCUAGCGCCUGAUGAAAUCCCCAAGGCAUGCAGAUACAAAGGAAAGGACGGAAAAACACAAGAACCACAAUGGAGGGAUGGUGGAAGUGGAGCAACAUAUUAUCCUUCACAUAACAUUAGUCCGCAAUCUUUUACGUGAGUUUGUAUGUACAGUCGUGGAGUGUGUAUUUUGCGUUUCAUUUGUUGGUUGGGUGCUUUGCAAAAAUUCCAUGGUUCAGAAAUGUUAGGAAUGUUUGCAGUCAAGAGGAAAUUUGUGGUGUGACAUGGCGAAAAAAAAAUGGAAAAUGGAAGUUCACUCAAUUUCCUUGCUCUCAAUAAACACGUUUAAGCGUAAUACAUCCAGUAAUCCCCCGCGAUAUCUUGCUCUCUCAAGUUUUUCCUGAACUCAUACGUGACUUCGUUGUACCAUUCUCUCGUCUGGCAAACAAUACGUGAUUCCUCAUUUCAAGUCUCUGGUCAAAAGAUAUAAAUGUGCAUACAAUUUUCUGUUUAGCUUCAUAUUUAUUUUGUCGCUUUUAUUUGAUCGACAAGGCCGUCCAGUCUCAUGAAAGAUUAGUUUUUGGAAGCAGAAACUGAACUAUUAGAACUUUUAUAACUAGCUUCCGGGGAUGGUUUUUACGUGUGUCCCUGACGCCUUUAAUCUCUGACCGUUUAAAGACAUCUUGCCUUUUUGUCACCCUUUGUAAGACUGAUCUCAUUUUGCACACAGUUUCGAUAUCAUAGACUGAAUAAGGUUUGAAAAAACAAAUGUCGGUACCUCACAUGUGGAUUGCACACGAUCAAUGUUCACACCCUGUUCAAGGCUUCCCAUGAACAAAGACACUCUGUUGAAGGCACUAAAUAGUGAAAUUCAGCGUGCAAAGAAAGUUGUGUCCGAUAGCCCAGGACUAGUUGAUUUUUCUAUCAGGCUAGUGAUUUUUGUUCUUAACUUCCCGACAGGCAAGUACUGUUUUUUGGGGAAAUUCAAAUUACAGAAGGAUUGUAAUCAAUCCUGCUAAUCAAAAAGGGUUUUGGGGCUAGUUUACAUCAGUUCUUGUGCCUGUUAUGACUCAAAUUGUAAAUCAGUCUUUAUGUCUAGCUGUUUUUCCAGACUGUUUUAAGCUUGCAUUGUUGAAUCCUCUUCUCAAAAAGCCCACACUUGAUGUUGAAGUUUUUUCGAAUUUUCGUCCUAUUUCAAAUUUGAUGUUCAUGUCUAAACUUACUGAGAAGGUGGUGGCAUCUCAGUUGAUUCAUCACAUUUCUAUUAAUAGACUUGAUGAAAUACUACAAUCUGCAUAUAAACAAUUUCAUAGUACCGAAACAGCUUUAGUCAAAGUUUUUAAUGAUAUUAUCCUAGAUGUUGAUAGGAAUAGGACUGUUAUCUUACUUUUAUUAGAUCUAUCGGCCGCUUUAGAUACGGUUGAUCACACUAUACUGAUUGAGAGAUUAGCAAACCGCUUCGGUCUUUGCGAUCUAGCUCUGGCCUGGUUUAAAUCAUACCUGAGCGACAGAACUCAUUUUGUGAGCAUUCGUGGUGCGCGGUCUGUCACACGUUCGCUGUCGUGCGGAGUACCACAGGGCUCCGUGCUUGGACCGAUUUUAUAUCUGCUCUAUACCUCCCCAUUGGGGGAUAUUGUCAGACAAUACAACAUGGGCUAUCAUUUCUAUGCUGAUGAUACUCAGUUGUAUAUGUCCUUCAAUUCUCUCAGUGGAGAUGAUCAAGCUUAUUCUGUCUCUCAGGUUGAAUCUUGUGUUAGAGAUAUCGACUGUUGGAUGUCUUGUAACAAACUUAAGUUGUAUAGGGACAAGACGGAACUGCUCGUUAAGUAAUCAGUUCAAAAUAUCGGCCACGCCCAUCUUUAGAUAGUAUCGUGGUUGGUGAUUAUCGUGUAGAGCAGUUUGACAAAGCUAGGAACAUAGGAGUUGUUUUUGAUGAGACCUUGUCACUGGAUAAGCAUGUGAGUUCCGUUUGUAAAUCUGCUUUAUUUCAUCUUCGGAAUAUCGCGAAGAUUAGAAUGUAUCUGACUUCUGAGAGCACAGAGACCCUCGUCCAUGGUUAUGUUACUUGUCGACUGGACAAUUGUAACUCGUUGCUCCUCGGGUCACCGGAGUAUAUUAUUCAGAAGCUCCAGCGCGUUCAAAAUUGCGCUGCACGCCUUUUAGCUGGGCAACCUAGGGCUGCGCACAUUCGCCCCGUCCUUAAGGAGCUGCACUGGUUACCUGUGGAGCAGCAAAUUACCUUUAAAGUAUUACUGUUAACUUUUAAAGCUCUCAAUAAUCUGGCGCCUCCGUAUUUAAGUCAACUUAUAGUCCCAUAUAACCCUACAAGAAAUCUUAGGUCAGCUAGCAAACAUUUAUUAGAAGUACCGAAUGUGCGCCUGAAGAGCUAUGGGGACAGGGCCUUUUCGGUCGCUGCCCCAAAGCACUGGAAUGAUAUUCCCUUAGACAUUAAAUUAAGUGGAUCAGUUGAUGUUUUUAAAUCUAGAUUGAAAACUUAUCUUUUUAGACUCGCUUUCAAUUGACUUUUUGUGUUAGUGCUAUUGUUAGUUAGUUAUUUUCUUUUUUUUUUAUUGUAAAGCGAUAUAGAGCUUUUGUAUGUACCGCUAUACAAAUAAACUUAUUAUCAUUAUUAUUAGUUGGAAUGACUUGUGGGCAAGUACAUGCUAGCUACAGCUUGCCCGAAUGGCAGGCUGUAAAACUGACUUUAUUUGCACCCAGGAAAUUGUAUUAUGUAUUUAGAGUCAAGAGGUAAAAAAUUAUACCCUGUUGGGCAGCACAUACUUUUGUAGGCAAACUUCCCCAGGGGUGCUUACCAUUUGACAGACAAAUCUGGCUGGGGUGUCGAAAGCAUAAUGGUAAGCGAUUUACUAGUUUACCACAGAAGUGUCACAUCCGUUAUGGUUUGAAUCAAAAAAGGGGGAGAAUGCGUCUGGAACUGAGAAAUUGGUAAAUGGUAAGCAGCAUUCUGUUUGGUUUGUACCAACCGGAAUGAACGGACUACCUCAAAACGUACUCAACAAUUUUCUCUUGGAAUUUCCGAAAAAUGACCUUACCAUUUACCAUCCAUCCUGAAUUUCCGAAAUUUUCUGUCAAAAAGCACCCCAGGCCUCUGCUUGCUGGGGAUGAUAAUAAAACUGUUCCAAAACUGAAGCCAAAAAGCACCAUGAGAAAAUAUCAAAAGUAAUGGAAAAAACUUUUAGAAAAGUAAAAUACAAGUACAUUUUCAAAUUUCUUUACUUAAUCAUUAUUCAUAUAUGCAUGUUAUUUUUAGUCCAGUACUCUUAUCCAGCCAACAUUUCAAUGAUGUGGCCUCAGAGGCUGUGCCUGAAAGAGUCCUACAGCCUAUGCGCUGGGGAUUAAUCCCCUCCUGGUUUCAUGGAAAUCCCAAAGAGUUUAGCUAUAACAUGAGCAAUGCCCGAAGUGAUUCUUUGUUGGACAAGAAAUCUUUUCGAACUCCUCUUGAGACAGGCAAAAGAUGCGUCAUCUUGGCAGAAGGGUAAAGCAUUUAUUUUAAGAUAUGUAAUUCAUGAUUUGGAGGUAUUUUUAUAGAACAGUUUAUUGAUUUUAUUGAUUUUAAGCCACCUAUCCAGGACUUUGCUUUGAGACAAUAUUGGAAAAGAGCCCAAAAUUAGUUCUGAUCCUAUGAACUCAAUGCUGCCUGACAUAGAAAUUGUACACAAAGACAAAGAUGUCCGUUAUGCCCUAGGGAUCUCCUCUGCAGGGGCUCUUACUGGGUAUUACACAAUAAAAAAGCUAUAAUUAAAAAUAGUAAAUGCUCAGUGGACAAUGGGAAGAGGGAAAAGGCAUGACCUUUCCAUUUUCCAUUUGCUGUAAGUUGCUAGGGAACACCAGCUGCUACUUGAGGACAGCCCUGUGGCUAUCUGUUAAUACGUGACAUUAUUUUCAUACAAAUCAAUAAGCUGAGUAAUAAAAAGCAAUUGUAACAAAGUUUGGUAAAAUAUGAUUGCAAACUAAGUCAUCAGGCUACCAUGAAGGGCCAAGGGUGGCAUAUUUUGUGAGGCUGUGAUCAAUUUGAACAGUGGCUACUUUGGCAUUACAAAAAUUGUCAAAUUCUUUUCCCAUUUCCCCAGGCCACCUACCUAAAAUUUGGUCAGGGGCAUUGUUGUUAACAGAACUACACUUUUUUAUUUAAUAGUUAUAUGUUUACUUACAGGUUCUUUGAGUGGGAAACUGUUAAGAAAGGAAAGAAACAACCUUAUUAUAUCUAUUUCAAAGGAGAUGGAAUAGUGAAACCAAAAGAGGAAGGAAAUGUCUCUGAAGAUGAUACAGAAGAUAAGGAGCUGGCUUCAAUGAAAAAAGACGACACAGCAAAAUGGGGAGAUAAGCGACUUUUAACAAUGGCUGGUCUGUUUGACCAUUGGAAAGCACCAAAAGUAUGUAUUUUUUAUUAUAUUUUCUAAUGAAAAUCUUAUAGCUAGGUUAGGGAAACAAAUCUAUUGUUAAACUUAGAUCAGCAGGCCAACUUAGUACAGAUAGUUUUGAUCAAGUGUGGAUGUGUGGCCAUCAUAUUGAAAGAUAAAGGUGGCUGAACACAGUUUGUUAGGUUAUGAGUCAUUACUAUUCAGUUAGGUGUUAUUAAGGUAUCAUCCAGGAAAAAAAAUCAUAAUUUUUCGAAAUUUGCAAUUUUUAAAUGAUUAAAUAAAGCUAAUCAAGAGCUUUCUUUUAAAAAAAAUUCCAGGGAAAGAUGUUUUUUCUGUGCAGACUUAUGGAGCGCAAAAGUUUUUUCUAUACUAAUUAUUUUAAUUGAUCGUUGACAAGUCCUGUCAUACUUGAUACGCAUGGCGCUGUUGAACCAAGCGAAUCACGCAAUUUGACAGAAAUCGUGGUUAAUGCCUCCAAAGAAAAAAAAGAGCUUGUCCGUUUUCAUACACGACUCCAAGAUGAAAGAAGACGACAAAAUCGUUUUGCAAAGAGUGGGCUUCGAAAUUGGCAGAGAGCGACAGGGGCUACUACUACAAUCAAGAAAAAUGGCUAAAAGAUGACAAAGCUCCUGAAGAACCAUUGAAACUCCCACGGAAUCGAGUUUAACGAGUUUCUUAGCGAGCGGGGCAAGCUUUUUUGGCCCCGAAGCGGUCAGGCAGGCGACGAAGUCGCGAGAGGUCUCGCGCCAUAUAAAAAUCGGACGAAGGACUGUUUUGAAAGUCUAUUGUUGCGGGAGAGAAGCUUCAAGAAAAACUCCAGGAAGCGGUUUGUCAUCAAUUUUUCCAGGGAAGUGUCAAACUUUUAGAAAAUGUAUCGGGUAAAAGUGGGCUUAGCUCAACUUAGCUUGCCCAGUGCGAAAAUGAAAACUGUCCAUCGCAAAUAAGUAAUGAUGCUUUCUAGACAACAGAAAGGAUCGAACAGAGCAGAGCCUUUGAAAUAAAUUGUUGUCGGGUUUCGUUUUCAACCCUUUCCUGCUGUGUCACUAUUGUUGUCCCUUCUCUGGUAUGCAUCAACAUAUAAUCUGUUGUAAUCUCACCACGGGUAAUAUGCCGCCAAAACUCUUUUUCCACUGGUUUCUCGAAAUGAAAAUCAGGGCAAAUUGAGGGUAGGUUUUAAACUCCAAGUCGGCAACCCGUGAACCAAUUUGGCUGAAAUUUGGCCAACUUACUGUCGGAUAGUUUUUCUAAAAAAGCGUGUCGGCGAAUUGUGAUUUCUUUUUUCGUUUUCGAGUUAGAGUAGUUUUUUCACAGCUAGUGCUAAUGAUUUGCUAUCCCUAACUUCAACUGCUUAUAACAAAAGAACAAACGCACUUGACAAGAAUCUGAGACAUGUUUUUUUAGUCAAACGUGUUAAGAAGCAAAUGUGAUCUUAAUUGGCUUCUUCCGUUUAUUUUUGGCUGGCCUGGACUUAAAUUUACAGUGACACCCACUUUCACAAAAAGCUUCUCAUUUCUAAAUCGGGUUAAUAUUUUGAUCUUUUAAAAGCAAUAAGCAGUAAUCUGGAACUAUUAAUCUUUCAGAAAAUGUACGGUUUAUGGGGGUAUUUAUUAAAAGCAAAAGCGCUAGCGACGAUCAACGCGAGGAGGGUGCUUGAGGGUGGAUGAUACCUUAAAGACUUGUUGAAGGUGUAAAGCUCAAAUUUCGCAUGGACAAAAUGUAUUUGUAAGACAUUACGUUUAUUAGGUUAAAUGUAAGAUUUUGAUCAUUGCCAUGGCAACAUGGAUGGUUUAAAACAAGCCUAAAAUCAUCAAUUCGGUAGGUUUACGCAAAAUCCAGUCUUUAGAUUUUCUCAUGAAUUUGCACCCAGGUUACAAUAUUAGUAAUGUAACCUGAGUUACAUCAGUAGAUGAGUAGAUUUUAAGAUGUCGUCUCAAAUCUUCCUGUAAAUCAAGAGUUAUGGGGUACCCAAAGGAAGGGAGGAUGGGUCUGCUGGAACUGUAAAAAAAGGAGGGCACAUGGGAAAAGAGCAAGGGGAACAGGGUGUCCUUGAGGGCCCAGUAGGAUGCCUGAAUGUCAAGGAGACUCAAGUCAAAGACACUGAUAUUAACGCCUGUGAAAGGGCUGAAAAAGUGACUUCCGUGCACCUCAUCAGAAAUCCCGUCCAUAGAAACUAUGUUGUUGGAUUUAUCGGUCAAUGUAAGCUUUCCAUGACUGUACUGGUUAGUUGAUAGUGGUGUUGUUCAAAACUAGGGGUGUAACGAUUCAUCUUCCUUGCGAUUUGAUUAGAUUUUGAUUAUCGCCUUUCGAUUCCGAUUAUUUUGAUUUGAUUAUGUAAAGUGUUUUUUAAUUUGAAUAACAUAACAUUGUAAACAACAUGCAAACCUAAACCCUCAAAUUAUUUGAGAAUAUUAACAGGGACAUGAGAAUUCACAGUUGUUUGUAGUUCGUCACCAUGUGUGAGAACCUGACAAAGAGCAUGUCGCACCUGGUUUGCCUUAUUUGCAAAUUCUCAAGGGGUGGUUGAAGGACAGCAUUUUUACCAGGCAACAGAAAAUGGUGCAUGAAUUGCAAUCGCCUUUGCUCGACAAUCAGAACUGCAUAUUUCAAAGAGUUCUGGAUUCUGAUUUUACAAUAUAAUAACUCACUGAGGGCACCCUCGAAAAGUUAUGCAAAAAUGGAAACAAAGUCGAAGCGUGGAAGCAAAGAAUCGUGAAUCGAGCCAAACGGUCAUAAUCGCGAUUAACUGAGAAUUCUAUUAAUCAUUACACCACUGUUCAAAACAUGUUAUCCUUUGAGUGCUGCAAGAGAUUGCCUGAAUGCUUAAAAUUUCCUUUGCAUGAGGAUGGUUCACAACUGUUUGCAUAGCAUAUUGGCGCCAAACUAUUAGGUAUGGUAGAGGGGAGUCAUGAUCAUCUGUGAGGAUUGGGAGCCAUUAUAUUGGCAUAAGUGUGUUAGUAGCUGAUAUUGAGUAUUCUACGAUUUUAAGCAUGGAUUUCUUGUUGGACAUUUAUUGCAAAGAUGGAUCUAAUCCAAUAACAACUUGCUAUUAAUGGGGAGGAGAUUGACUGUUGUAGGGAUAGCAAUCAGCAACUAAGCCUCCGAUGUAUAAUGCACCAUCUUGUUGUGAUAGAACGUGAACAUUUUGUUGUGAUAGAAUGUGAGGCAGUAUCACUGGUGCAUCUUAUUGUAAGUCAUCACCUGCAACUGCUAAUAGAGGGCUGUGAAUCAUGGAACCUAACAUUAUCCAUCUUCAAGAGAACAGCUUGCAGAAAUCUAGUGUCUGCAGAAGGGGUUGGCCUUGUUCCUGUGCAAUUAUACUGGACAAGUCACAAACCAUUGGUGUGUAAACUGUGUAGCUGUGGUGAAACCAGUGACCAGAGUUGGAGGUGUCUGAGCAGACCUCAGAUUGCUCUUAAAGUGCAGUUCACAGAGUACACAAGGAUGGAUACGAGAGUGGAGAAAUGUUACCAGAUCCUCUCAAAGAGCUUUAAUUGCCAGCACUAUAGUUAAGAACAGUUGACCCAAGAAGAGUCAGGCAGGCGCUAAGGAGAUGCCCUGAUACAAAGAUGUAUGCAAGCUCUGGGCAGGACCAAUGUGAUAAGACACUACACUGAAACGAAAAAUGUGAGAUCUUUCAAACAGGAUUCCCACCCCACCUCACUGCCUCACCAUCAAAACAUGUACAGAGCAGUGAGGUAUUGUCAAGAAAUCAAUCAGUCUGUGGUUGUCUCCCAUGGUAGAAGUGUGGUAGUGGUGACAAAGAAGGAUAGUUCCUAAAUAUCCUGUGUUGAUUACAGACAAGUGGCUGCAGUGACUACAGUCAAAGACGCUUAUCCCCCACCAUGCAAUGACAGCGUGUUCUCCGCAGCAGAUUGGUUCAGCAGGUUAGAUCUGGCUUCAGGGUAUUGGCAAAACUGCCUUUGUGACCACAUCAGGACUGUAUGUAUGGACCGUUAUGCCCUUUAUGUAAUCACCAGGUACUUUUUAGCAAUUAGUGGAACUGCUAUUGACAAGACUCAGGUUUUAAACCUGGUGCUUGAUUUAUUUAGGUGACCUCAUUGUGUAUGAGAUGAAGAGUGAUAUCAAAGGUGAUUCAUCUGGGUCUGAAAAUAAGUUUUGAUGCAGGUGCCAUCUGGCGACUUAAUAAAAAUUUUUGGUUGCCACAUAGCAUAAAGUGGUUACCAGAAAUUUUUCCAUUUCCUUAAUUAUAUGCAAAAAAAAAAACAUUUUCUGCUCAUGCAGAUCUACCCUAGAAUCUUGUAUUUGUGACUAGAUCACGGAAGGUCGUGGGUUAGAAUCCCAUCUGGGGCUCAGAUUUUUUUCCAAGUUUCCACUUGAUGCAAAAAUGUAUCAUGUUGUUUUACUUCUACAAAAGACUCACUUGGUGGUUGUUUCAAUUGGUAACCUUUUUAGGGAAAACAUUUUUUGUUAAUCCUGUUCCAGUCGCAUUGAUUGAAGAGGGCAGAUCUGAUUCAGAUGAUGUUGGAGUUGGCAUGAGUGUUGCAGAUUAUGUUCAACCUGAAGUUGGUUCAAGUGGCAUGGAUGAUGUUAAGGCUGAAGUUGGUACAAGUGAUGAUGAAAAGGUGUUGCCUUGUGCCUUACAAUCUACUCAACCCAAUGAGACAGAGAGAGAUAAAAGGAAACCUUCCCAUGAACAUCCUUCACAGACUGCAAGAAGCUGCUUUGGAAGAGGAAGAAAAUCUCCAAAUCGUCAUGGUGACUGGGCAUAACCUUUCAGUAACACGGACAUUGAAAAUUUUAGCUUGAAAGCUGUACAAGUUUUCUUAUGCUUCUGUGACAUUUUCUUAGUAUAAGUUUCUCAUUUGUUGCGGGCCUAGUGCUGGCCAUUUAUUAGAAAACCAGGCAGACUACCAAUUGUCAAUGGGUAUUUGUAUCUGUUCAUGUCAGCACCUUCUCACACUAUGAGCAGUGUUCUUUAAGAGAGGGGAUUAGUAGUGUAACCUUUAUACUGUCUGUACCCCUGUUGGAGAAUUUCCCCUCCCUAGCGCACUAUGGGUUUUAUAAAGUAGUUUUUGUACAUAAUGAAAUCACUAUAUAAUCUGUAUGCAAUUAAAUUGUCCCAGCAGUUACAACAUGAGUUCAUCACUAUGGUGAAAACUAUGGUGAUAAUUUUGACAGCAACUUUGCAUAAAUGUCAAAGGGUUGAUUACCAGUCUUAGUAGAUUUAAUGUUGGAGUUCCUGCUCCUAUCCUUUGACCUGAUUCCUUCAACCAUAGUUUUCUUACCCUCUUAACUACUACUGUCUCACACUCAUUUGCUGACAGAGUUUGUCUGACUCUCACAGGUCAUAUUUCCAGGUCAAGUUUGUCUUACGUGUAUAAGGAAAUUACUAUGAAAGUAAUUCUAAAACGGUGGUGUACAAACCCUGUGACUGGUCACUUGAAUCAUGAAAUGAACUAAUUGCACCCAACUCAACUGUGUCCUGAUACAUUCUCAAAGGAAGAGUUCCUUUGAUUGUUCUGUCUUUUGUAAAAUUUUCAGGAUAUUUCAGGUGAAGUCAGAGAUCUGUUUUCCUAUACAAUCAUCACAGUGAAUUCAUCUUCAUCACUUGACUGGCUUCAUGAUCGAAUGCCGGUAAGCCUUUAUACAUUGAUAAAACUUCUAUAGAGUUAUAAUUAUUUUCUCUUACUUUUGAGCAAGAUUUUUCAUCUCACUCCAAGUCCUGUUUAUUAAUUCCCUCACUACCUCAUCUGUGAAUUCACUGCUCAUAAUUAUGUAGGCAUACAGGGAUGCAGAGGUGAAUCUAAAAUCUACAACCUUACCAUUAACAGAUUCAGUUUUAAAAUAAUUAAUACAUUUAUGAAAACUUAUGGGGUAGGCUUGUCCUGGCUUGACUUUAAUUUUCUAAGCACUAACAAACAAACAGUAGUUCUUGUCUAACUUUUUCUUACUGGAAGUUGUUAUUUCUUUAUUGUAAUGUAUAGGCUAUUUUAGAUGGUGAAGAGGAGGUGCGUCAGUGGUUAGAUUAUGGAGAAGUUCCUUGGAAAAAGGUACAUUUGUUGUAAAAUCUUUUAAGUUCUUGUCUGAGUGUUGACACAUUUUAAAAACACGUUGAGACGGAAUCCAUCAGGAAUUGAGUAACUUUAAUUUUCAGUGGACAAAAAUCUUGUACCAGAAAAAUUUAAAGAAUGUUGCAUUCUCUUUUACAUUUUUCAAGGGCUAAAGAUGUAAUAAAUCAUCCGUAGUAACACAAAAGAAAAUUUCUCAUGGAAGUUUGAGAAAAUAAAUGUCAAAUUUCACAAGAAUUGUCAUUAUACAGGUAAAAUUCUAAAAAUUUCAUGUGUAAGGUGUAAUUUUGUGAAAUUUGACAUUCAUUUUCUCAGGCUCCCCUGAGAAAUUUGUUUUGGUGUUACUACAGAUGAUUUAUUACAUCUUUAGCCCUUGAAAAAUGUAAGAAAGAAUGCAAUAUGCUUUAAAUAUUAUUCUGCUACAAGAUUUUUUGUCCACUGAAAAUCAAAAUUACUCAAUGUCCUGGUGGAUUCCGUCUUAAUAAUUUACUAUUUUGCAUUGCAGGUAAUGGCCGUUUUUAUACUAAGGAUGCAUUAUCCAUCUGGACGAACUUGGGCAAACAUUUUGUAGUUCGUCUGGGUUAUGCGUCUCUAGUAUAAAGACGGGCACGAGACGCAUUAUGCGUCCAAACGAACUAACUUUCGUAGUGCGUCGUUCAAGACGUAUUUCUAAGGAAAGUUCGUCCAAAAGCAUAAUGCGUCUUGUGCCCGUCUUUAUACUAGAGACGCAUAACAAGACGAACUACAAAUGUUUGCCCAAGUUCGUCCGGUCGGAUAAUGCGUCCUUAGUAUAAAAACGGCCAUAGACGCAUUAUGCGUCUGGACGGAUAAGGCGUCCUCUAGUAUAAAAACGGCCAUUAUUUUACCUGCUUUUUGUAGCUUGUUCAUUUAAAUGUGGAGCUGCAAGUAAUCUUAUGUUUGUUUAUAGGCACUGGAGCUUGUUAAACCCAAAGAUUGUUUAGAAUGGCAUCCAGUCUCUUCGGUUGUUAACAACUCUAGAAAUAAAUCCCCAGAGUGUAUCCAACCAAUUGAUCUGUAAGUAUUUUUUUUCACUCCUGUCACUCCUUGUCUUAAAAUACAGGCCUUCAAAAGAGAUUAGUCAGUAUAGUAGUGGCUACAUUGGAGGUCUUAAAAAAGUAUGAGUUGAACCAUACUGAAAUGACAAAACUGAGUGUCCAGAUAAUUUAUAGGGAUAUCUGACUGUCUAGGAACUGUAUUAUUUACCUUUGAGGGUUGUCAAGUGGAUUACACAAACCGAGAAUAGCAAUGACCCGCAAAGAUCCCCAAAGCAAAACAAAGCAGAGCUGAAAUAUGCAAUCACAUGUCAGCCCCUGCAAACCAAGCAAUCACCCCACACAAGCCUGCGUGCCUGGGGCUCAACCGUUGACCUGCUAGUGUUGUCUUGAGGUUAACCAUGCCUAAAUUGCUAUUUAGCCUCAUUAAAUGUUGCAUGGAAAUGUGUUAUUAGAUGGCCGAGAAUGAAGGAAUACCAAGCACUGACACUUACAACCACGUUUUCUUCUGACCUUAUCCUAGGCUAUCUAUCUAGCACAAUGUGUCACAUUACACUGUCCCCUCCCUUAAGGAAGGAACCUUCUGAUUCACCACUGCACCAAGUAAUAAAGCAAAAUAAAGUGAAUCUAUAGUCUCUAAACAAAAACUCUCGAAGGUUUAUCUCUCUAGACUGAGAGAAUUGUCAGUUUUAAAGUCCCGACAGUGUUCGAGCUAUUUUAGGCAAUUUUGAACUUAGUUUAUCUGCUCCUUUUCCAUUCUUGGUGCUUCCUCCAACAUCUUUAAGCAGUCCUAUAUCUGCUGUACACUACUUAGAAUGCAUUCAGCAUGAUAGUCUAAAGGUUUCCUCAUGCAUACAGGUGUACUAGUCUUUUGCUCUGAGCAGCUGGCUGUUCUUCUCCAGCCUCUUGUGUGUCUUCUGUUUUCUCUUCACUGCUUGUGUAACCACUUUGAAAAUCUUCUGUUAGUCCACCUCCUUCCGUAUCUAACCUGGCUACUUCCUGAUCACAUUAAUCACCUUGUUCAAGUUCUCCCAUGAGAGCUAUAUGAGCAUUCCCAACCAAGUGGUGCAAUAGUUGUCUUCAUGUUCAGUCAAGGUUGCUGCUGAGGCAAAUGGCCUGCAUUGGUAUCAACUGUGAAAGACCCUAUCACUGACUGAAAUUGCUGGUACUGGUAUGCUCAGCAGGAGAUCCUCCAGCUUCCCAAAUGCAGCUUGUUGUUUCUGUUGCCAACAAAAUGGUACUUUUUCCUACACAGUCUAUAGAGGGGUUCAGUAAUAAUGGAAAAUUCAAAGAUGAACUAUGUAAGUGAACUAUGAAGCUCUUACACAUUAAGUAGUACUGGCCAUGUUUUUGAUGGCUUUAUCAAGAUCAUUCUUCAUACCAUCAGACAACACAACAUGUCUAAGAAAGGUAACUUCUCUUUUAAGGAAGUGACAUUAAUUUUAUUAGGCCCCUGCUUCAAAACAGCAGUCCUAACAUAAUCAAACACUAACUGUAGUCAAUAGGUGUUGUCUUUAACCCAUUCGCCCCCGAAAUGCCCAUAACCGCUUGUGCAGAUCCAGGUCCCUUCUACUGGCUGUGACGUCAUCAGUUUUAAAGGCUAAGAACAACUUUGUCUGCUAACUUGUGCAGGGUGAAGAGAUCUUUUAAACCAUGCCAGAAUGAGCACGAUUCAGUCAAGGAUACUGGAGAAAAAGGCAAAAAACCAUGUAACAUUGACCCAGAAAUUUCCAUGAAGACUUCGCUCACUACCCACCUACGUUUUCAUCUAAUCCCAAAAUCCUAACAGCUUUUCUGAAAACUUUUCCCACCAAAAUGAAGCCUACUGCGUGCCGAGCUUGUGAAAAAAUAAGGCAACAAAAAGAGAGGGAAGGGGGGAGGAAAGAAAGUGAACAGAAAAAGUCAAAACUGCUCUGUCACUUUUAAACCCAAGAACUCGAAAUCUCGAAAUUUUACUUUCUGCGCAUGCCCACAAGCUGAUAUUUUGCAUGUGGAUCAGAGGGCCGCAAAAUUAAUGACCUGCAAACAGCUUUCUGGUAAGUUUUAGCUCUUAAUGGCCAGACAAUGACUAGAAAAUUGCUCAACUAACUUCAAAACACGUUUGUUGGCAAAAUUCCCAGGGGCGAAUGGGUUAAAGGUUAUCGCCCAGGUGAUGAUGUCAUCCAAAUACACUAGACAAUGGGUCCUGGUAAGGCUAUUUAGCACCAAAUUCAUUAACUGAGUGAAGCCUUCAGGUCCAUUUGUUAAUCCGAAGGGCAUUACUCUCCAUUGGUAUGUGCCUUAUUAGUAGAGAAGGCAUUCUAGCCCAUCAUCUACUUUCACGUGCGUCUGCCAGUAUCCAAAGGCCAAAUCCAGGCUAGCAAACAAUUGGGCCCCCACCUAAGACCUCUAACAUGUCACUGGUCCAAGCUAGUGGUAUGGCAUCCUUACAGGUCAGUUUGUCAAUCCAAAAGGCAUUACUUUCCAUUGGUAUUGUGUCUGAUGAGUAGAGAAAACAGUCUUCUGCCCAUCAUCUGCUUUUACUUGCACCUGCCAGUACCCAGGCUGGAAAGCAAAUGUGCUCUCACCAAAGACGUGUAACAUGUCAUCGGUCCAAGGUAGUGGUAUGGCAUCCCUCUUUGUCAACUGAUUAAGUUGCAGUAGCCAAUUCUCAUAUAGUAUGCCCUGAUGUGUUCCCUGGGAAGUACCAAAGAACAGUUCCAUGGACUUUUAAAUGGUAAAACCAUUGAGUGCCAUUAUUUCAUUAACUGAGUUCUGAGGAGUUGAGAAGGCAGUCUUAAACCUGUCCUAGAUUCACCUGCAUCGGCCAGUACCCAAAGGCCAAAUCCAGGCCAAAUCACUGAGCCUCCAUCCAAGGGCUCUAACAUACCAUUUCUCCAAGGUAGUAGUAUGUCAUCCUUUUUUGUCAACUAAGUCAUUGCAUGUAUGGUAUGUCCUGUUGUGUUUCCCAGAAUUUACCAAAAGAUUGCUCCAAGGACUUUGAAAUGGUUCAAUCCAGCCUGUAGCUAGUAACUCUUCCAGCUACCGAGUGAUAACUUCUUCUCUAUAGGGUAGUAUUGGGUGAGGAGACUGUUUCAGUGGCUUGCAGUCAUUGGUGUCAAUUACAUGAUGCUCAUCUUUUCUAGAUCACAGCUGUCUUUUGCAAAGUUGUCCUCAUAUUCUGUUACUGGGGACAAAAACUGCCCUUUUUGGUCUUUUGAUAGCCCUUCUAGGUUACUUUGCCCUCUUACCUCCACUUUUCAUCCUAUAUUGGUUGCUUCUCUUUCACCACUGGAUUGUCAAUAUCUGAGAACAAUGUGGGUGAGAGACAUUGUUUUCUUCCAACCUAGAAAUGUGCGAUAUAUUUGACAAAAAAUGUCACAUUUCAAUAGUAUGGGACUUGGAAAGUAAUUUACAUCUGAUCAGAUCUCUAAAGCUUACCAACAUUUUUGAGUCGCAAAGUUUUGUUUUUGUGAAUUUCCUUGAGUUCAGAUUUUUUAACUUUAUGUGUUUUGCCUCCCUCCCCGCCCCCCCUGCAAAAAAUUAUGCAGAAAAGUCUUUACUUUCUAAGGUAGGUCUUAGACUCUCUGCAACUUGGACUUUACUAUUCACUUCCCUUUCUUUACAUCCAUGACCACUUUUCAUAACUCCCAGAGGUGUCCAUAGAAUAAGGGAGCUUUGACUGUUUACUACUAAUCCUUGAGGUCAAUAUGAAUUUAGCUGUGUAAGCAUACAAUCCCCUCUCUCACUCUUAAAGGAAAACCUCUAUAGCACAUCUCUAAGGUACAACAUAGUGGUAGCCUCAGUGAUUUUAAUCUCAGAGAGAGAGAGAGAGUUGACUGUAUUAAACAACAACUGAAUCCCAGCGCUGUUAAUUGUAUACUUCAGGCUGGGGGUAGUGGUCAGAAUGAGCUCUUGUUCCCUAAAAAUGUGCUUGUAGAGUAGCCAAUACAUUAUUCCCAACAGCAAAGCCCUCCCUGACCUGCUUGCAGUGGGCCUGCAUGCUUCCACUGGCAGGUGUGGCAGAUGUGUCUCUGGCACCUUAAAACCGGUACUCCAGGAAAGACAGAGGAGACCUGUCUUGGGUGAUGCUCUCAGUCUUCCCACAAAUGUAGGGCACACUGCAGUAAAAACCUUGACCCAUGAAGCCCUAGGCUCAAAAUGAUUUUCGGACAGUGGUCGGACACAAAGAAAUUUUUGUUUGGUCAAAUCUCAAAGAAAUUCUGGUUUGGUCAAAUCUCGUUUCUGAAUGGUCAAAAUAUCAGAUUGGGAAAAAAGUAAACAAACCUAUGUGUGAUUUUCUAUUUGUGAACGUGACUGUAUUUUUACAGAGACAAAAUCUAGGAUUUACAAGUGAGGAUUUGGUUAUUUUUCCUAGAAUAAGGGUGUCCAUGGCCGGUGAACAUGACCAGCGAGUGAAGUUUUUUGCCAGUCAAGUUACCAUUCUUGCUAGACAUUAUUGAUGUUGUCAGUUAACCUUCCAUUAUUUUGAGCCCUAUAGCCAGUAUAGCUAUCAUCUUUACAAGCACUGUAGACACUGUAGGGUUUUUUUUAACAAGAAAAUAAUCCAUGAUUCACAUAUUAAUUUUUAAUAUUAGGAAAUACAAUUUACUUUCAGAUCCAAACAAAAGGAGAAGCCAGUUGCUGGGACUCUCCUUUCAUACUUCAGAAGGUCACCCAAGAAGGAAGAAAAAACUUCAAGAGAAGAGCCAUUACCAAAGAAAACAAAAUUUCAGGGAAAAUAACUUAAAAAUUAAUUGAUAAGGUAUACACCCAAAAACUUGCUUCAAUGUACUUUAAACUGUUUAACAGUAGGAGUGAGGUACACAUAUUUCCAUAUUGCCUUAUCACAAACAUUAAUAUUAGAGUGUUUUCCCUUAGUGAAUUAGAUCCUUCAAGUUUGCCCCCUACUUUUCCAGAUCACCCCAUGGUGUUAUAUCUCCAAAUUCACAUUUAGACAUUCAUAUCGAAAGGUAAAAAGCUCAUUUUGGUCAAUUUUGACCAUCUUGAAACAUUGAACCUUUCCACACUGCAAGUGCAAAAUAUUGGCAAAGUAUGUAAAGGACGGAAUGCCAUGUGGUUGAAAUCGAAGCGAUCUUUGGCACAAAGUGUGUGCAGCAGUUAAAAUCAAAAUGAUUGAUGGAUCAUCGUAGUGUUCAUUCUGAACAUUUCAUGGGGCUGUCUCUUUACAGGGCUUAUUCACUACGAGGUGAAUGCAAUUUCUUACAUUGCUAACUAAUGAGGGGCUAACUUACUAUGUAGCCUGCAGUGCAGGCGUUUUCUUUGAGCGCGCAAUUUGCUCGCGAAAGCGCCAUGUUGAAACUUCUCGAAGAGAGGAGGAAAUGGGGCGACCCUAAGGGUUACUAUUUCACUCCCCAAUCUUCCUCUGUCAUAAAAUCAAAGAUGGCAGCUACAACAAUACGAACACGAACAAGGUUUCGCCCGCCCAAAAUACGCCUGCACUGCAGGCUACUUACUAUGGGGAGAAACCACUGGCUUCCUCAACAUGUUAUUCAAUUAAACACCAUCCAGUUGUUUGUUGAAAAAACAAUCUGUUUAGGCACACAAGAGGGAGCAAACAAGCAGCUAGAGGUUUCCCUCCUUUGCUUGAGCAACUUCUGGCAGUUGGCUCUUUUCUUUUCAGGGGGGGAGGGGAUGUGUGUGUGGGGGUGUUAAUUUGUCUUUGCUGUAAGAUCCCAUAAAAAAUUAAAAUUUACUCUAAGUUACAGAUACUUAUUUGUAGAUGGGGGUAUUCACUGUACAUGUGAUGGAAAUUUUAACUGUGAUGUAAUUUAGAGUUCAAACAGAGUCUUGUAUUCUUGAAAAGGUCUUGACAUUUGCCCAGCAAUUUUCUAGACUUUCCAGACUUUUUCCUGGAAAAAGUCUGGAAAUUAGAGAUCAAGUCUGGAAAAAUGGUAAAGAGUCUUGAGUUUUUUUCAAAGCUACAACAAGCCGACUUAAUGUGUGAAAUUUUUUUGUUGUUUUGGUCAAAUCUUAUUCAAUCUCAUCCUUGCAUUGCAAACUUACAUGAUGAAAAAAGCUUUGUCUUGAAAAAGAAUUAUUGAUUUGAAAAAAGUCUGAAAAAAAGUCUUCAAUUUUGGAUCCAAAAAUCUGUAUGAACCCUAGGUAUUUCAAAAUUGUAUGUUAAAAAAUAACAUUAUCAAAACUUAAGGUUAAAAAAUCAUGUAUUAAGAAAGCACUCUGCUUUUCCAUAUUUUUUAGUGGUUUCUCUACAUAGUAGCUAUAUGGUUUAGUUGAAUAAAGCACACAAAAUAUUGGACAAAUAGGGUACAGUAAUGCAUGAUACUUUUCCAGUAAAGUUUUCAAGGUUUAGUCAAUAAAUUAACUUUAUUC